AUGAGGUCGCCGCCUCCCCCGCCGCCGCCUUCUCCGCCUCCCCCUCCGCCGCCUCCUCCUCCACCCCAAACGCGCACCCCGCCCACUCCGGACAGAUCCCCGAUCGCGUUGCGCGACGUCCUCCUCGAGAAGGGCAUCGUGCUCACGUCCUACACCCCCGGGCAGCACCGCAUCGUGUGCCCCAGCUGCGGGGGCGGAUCCACCGCGGAGCGAUCGCUCGCGGUGCACGUCGACGACGACGGCGCCAGCUGUCAGUGGAUGUGCCACCGCGCGACGUGCGAGUGGACCGGGGGGGCCCGACGACGGGGAUCGGGAGCGGGGGGCGCGCCCAAGCUGCCCGCCCCCGAGUCCCUCGAGCGCGUCGGCCCCGGCGCGCUCACCGAUAACGCGAAGGAGUGGGCGGACUGGCUCGUCUCGCGCGGGAUCUCCCUCGAGGUGGCGGAACGCAACGGGGUAGCCGCGCAGCGGGUCUUCUCGCCCGCGGCUGGCGAGCACGUCAACGCGCUCGUGUUCCCGUACAUGCGCGACGGCGAGCUCGUCAACAUCAAGUACCGCGGCUCGGACAAGUCCUUCUGGCAGAUCAAGGGCGCGGAGAAGAUCAUGUUCGGUCUGGACGACAUCGCGGGGUCAUCCGAGAUCGUCAUCGUGGAAGGGGAGAUGGACAAGCUGGCGCUGGAGCAGGCUGGGAUCAAAAACGUCGUCUCCGUUCCCGACGGCGCUCCCGGCAAGGUUCGCGACGGAGACCUCCCCGCGCCCGAGGAGGACCGCAAGUUCGAGUACCUGUGGAACUGCAGGGCGGCGCUGGACCCGGUGAGCCGCAUCGUCAUCGCGGUGGACAGCGACGGGCCGGGGCUGGCGCUCGCCGAGGAGCUCGCCAGACGGCUGGGCAAGGAGCGGUGCUACCGGGUGACGUGGCCAGAGGGGUGCAAGGACGCCAACGACGUGCUGCAGAAGGAGGGCGACGCCGCGGUGCGCGGGAGCAUCGACAACGCCGAGGGGUUCCCCCUGCGCGGGCUGUUCCGGUUCAGCGACUUCCAGGACGACAUCUCCAACUACUUCGGCGUGAGCGAGGCGAGCGAGAUGAAGGGCGUGAGCACGGGAUGGCGCAGCAUCGACGGGCACUACCGACCGGUCCCCGGCGAGCUCACCGUCGUCACCGGCGUGCCCAACAGCGGCAAGUCCGAGUGGGUCGACGCGCUCAUGUGCAACCUCGCGGUGCAGCACGGGUGGACGUUCGCGCUGUGCUCGCUGGAGAACAAGGUGCACGAGCACGCGCGCAAGCUCGUCGAGAAGUACACCGGCGAACCGUGGUUCGAGGGCAAGUACGGGGGUAAAAAAGCCCGGAUGCGUCCGGAGACGAUGCGCGCGGGGCUGCACUGGCUCGACAACCAGUUCGUGCUGAUCCGCCACGAGGACGACGAGCUCCCCUCCGUGGACUGGAUCAUCGGCCUGGCGCGCGCGGCGGUCAUGCGGCACGGCAUCCGCGGCCUCCUCAUCGACCCCUACAACGAGUUGGACCACAAGCGGCCGCAGGGUCAGACGGAGACGGAGUACGUGAGCCAGAUGCUGACGCGGAUCAAGCGGUUCGCGCAGCACUACGACGUGCACGUGUGGUUCGUGGCGCAUCCCCGGCAGCUGCACAACUGGCGGGGCGAGGCGCCCGGUCUUUACGACAUAUCCGGGUCGGCGCACUUCAUCAACAAGUGCGACAACGGCAUCGUGGUGCACAGGAACAGGGACGAGAAGCUGGGCAGCUUGAGGGAGGUGACGAUCCACGUCGCCAAGGUGCGGAACAAGGUGGCGGGGGCGAUCGGGGACCCGAAGCUGGAGUAUAACCUGACCAACGGGAGGUACGAGGACUUGAAGUGA